UAUCGAUCCAUGGGUUCGAGUUGACUUCACUCCCUUCCCAAAUCGCCCAUUUGAACAACUCUGGCGCUUUGUUUGGUCUUGCAUCUGAUCUCCGAUAAUAUUCUCACUUUCAUGUCCUUCUAUCCUUAAACCCCUUGCGCACCCAUUCUACAGGCCUACGUAAAAUUACUUGCGACAUUUCCCUCCGCUACCCCUGAUCCUACCAUUACCUCUAACAAGUUUCUCUUGUCACAAUGGCGUCCACUUCCGCUGUAGGGUCGUAUUCGAACCCUUUGAAAAAGUUCAAGCUGGUGUUCUUGGGAGAGCAGAGCGUUGGCAAAACGUCCCUGAUUACGAGAUUCAUGUACGACUCAUUCGAUAAUACAUAUCAAGCGACCAUCGGAAUCGACUUUCUGUCAAAGACUAUGUACCUAGAGGACAGAACUGUUCGACUCCAGCUUUGGGAUACAGCCGGUCAAGAACGAUUCCGGUCAUUGAUCCCUUCCUACAUUCGGGAUUCGAGCGUUGCUGUUGUUGUUUACGAUAUUUCAAACGCCAAGUCCUUCCAGAACACCCGGAAAUGGAUCGACGACGUACGAGGGGAGCGCGGCAAUGAUGUUAUCAUUGUUCUAGUUGGCAACAAGACUGACCUUAACGACAAGCGCGAGGUUACAACCGCGCAGGGUGAAGAGGAGGCUAAGAAGAACGGGUUGAUGUUCAUUGAGACUAGCGCCAAGGUUGGCCACAACGUCAAGCAACUUUUCCGGCGGAUAGCCCAAGCUUUACCAGGCAUGGAAGGUGAAGGUAGCAGAGGAGAGAGCCAAGUGAUUGAUGUGAACAUCACUCCAAAAGAGACCACAACCAACGAUGGAUGCGCCUGCUGAAUGCUGUAAUGUACUACUACCUGGUCGCCACUUUCGAUUACUUCCACCAAUUUGUUCCCUCGAUCUCAAUGAUGAGGUUCGAGAUUGUCAAUAUUGCUGUCAUUCUUAAUCUGUACAUUUUUCUCCCUUUGCUUCUCGAGUGAAUAGCGUGUUUAGAUCGAAGCCGUUUUUUUUUUUUUUUCUCUUUUUCCUGUUUUU